AUGUUUCCCAGUAGCAGCAAAUCGAAAGAGCCUCUACUUUAUGAUGUUAGGAUCAAAGGAACUGACCAUGGUGUUAUUUUACUAAAAGGAUCUACAAGUGAAGCCCCGUCUGUACUUCUUUCUGGAACAAUUGUCCUUUCUGUGCAGGAACCAAUACAGAUCAAGAAUCUUUCGUUAAGGUUGUAUGGCAAGAUUCGUUUAAACAUUCCCACCCAAUAUAAGACUAGCAAAGGUAUGAUACAAAGAUAUUCGAAAUACGAGAGACGAAUUUAUGAGCAUGUUUGGGACAACUUCAAUGUGGAGAACUACUUGCAGAACUUGUAUGACAACUAUGGGAGGAAAACUUCGAUUGCAAGCAAAUCGUCAGGUAAUCUGAGCUCUCUUCCUAGGAAAGCAAGAUCUUCUACCGCUUCUUUGAUAUCUUUGGCGGGACAAUCGAGCUCGCACUAUCAUACACUGGUAAAGGGUAACUAUGAGUUUCCGUUCAGCGCUAUUCUUCCGGGAUCUAUCCCUGAGAGUGUGGAGGGCUUACCUAACGCAUCUGUUGUGUACAAGCUGGAGGCAACGAUUGAGAGGAACAAGUUCUACACAGACCUCAUCUGCAGAAAGCAUUUGAGAGUGGUACGUACCCUAGCUCCUGAUGCUUUGGAGCUGUCCGAGACCGUUGCGGUGGAUAAUACAUGGCCCAAGAAGGUUGAGUACUCGAUCUCAAUUCCCGAGAAGGCAAUUGCCAUCGGUUCCGCUACGCCAAUCCAUAUAUUAAUCAUACCAUUGUUGAAAGGCUUAAAGUUAGGCCCAAUAAAAAUACAGAUGGUCGAGCACUAUCAAUAUUGCGGUACAUUUGGAUCAGUCACGAGCCAGGAGCGAACGGUUAACAAGAUGAGAAUAAAAGAUCCGUUGAAUCACAUGAAUGAAGAUGAAAACGACACCAGAGGAGCAAAUGAUGAAGAUUUCGAGUUUCAAGACCGGUGGGAGGUGGAUACCACCUUUCACAUACCUGCAAGCUUGUCCAAAUGCACCCAGGACUGUACCCUGCUUAAUAGCAUCAAGGUGAGACACAAAGUGAAGUUCGUAAUAUCUCUGGUGAAUCCAGAUGGGCAUGUCUCGGAGCUUAGGGCAUCUUUGCCAGUGCAACUUUUUAUUUCCCCCUUCGUUGCGCUUGGUGUAAGAUCUUCCGAUGGGGCAUUUAGCAGCGCUGGUAGCUCAAGUACGGAUAUUAGUGGGUUAGCCCAUAAUCAAAAGGGAAAAAGUAAUGAAGAAAAUGAUUCUGAUGAUGAAGUUAUAUUUGCCAGGUCAGCUUCGGAACUUGAGGUACCCGCAAUGAGCAAUAGUGCGUCGGCUACUGCUUCGAUGUCUAAGCUUAUGUCCCCACCAAACUACGGUAACCAUAUAUAUGACAGGUUGUGGAACGACGUUAGCAUUGGGGAUACUCCACCAAUGUCUGGCGCCCAAACCCCUUCAGAGGACUUUCGCGAGGGCUCAGUGCUUGACAAUGACCACAACUUCAGCGAGUUGCAAAUGAACUUGCGAAGGUUACGCCUCGAGAGAGAAUAUGGUGGAUCAACAACAUCAAUUCUGGUAACUGCCCCAGUAGAAGAAUCCAGCUCAGCAGAUGCUAAUAAUGGUCUACUGGCUCAACCAAUUGCAGCAAAUGGUUUCCCUAACGCAGGUGAUCCGAUGAGAGAUUCGAAUAGCCCCUUACUCACACCAAACUCUCUACAGCUAGCUACAGAAGACCCAUCAGUACAGCAAGGAGCCCUGUCACCGCUGAAUAAGGAGUGGGAAAUCGGCACCUUGAGUCGCGUGCCAUCCUACGAUAAGGCUAUGAAGUCCGACAUUAUUGGUGAAGAUUUACCACCUCUCUAUCCUGCGAGCUCUAAAAGCGGUUCUGGUGCUCACAAUUUGGAAAGGCCUCAAAUUGUGCAUCAUAAGUCUUCUCCGUAUUUCUCGAACACGAGCAACGUUCAAAGGUCCUCUGUGGGGCUGGGGAGAAGCAACAAUAGCUCGUCCACCUCGCUGAACUUUCUACCUGACAAUGAAAAUAGCGAUAAUGCUCCCAAUCCAUCCACUUCUAGCAAUUCAACCAAAGGCCAGACAGCUAAUCGUUAUUUUUCUUUUGGAAUGACGCCAGCUGGUUCAGAUAACGGCUCUUCGACAAGUCUCCACAUACAGCGGAAUUCUCAUAAGGGCGCCCUUGGCGGAAAGUCCAGUUCAUUUUCGAAUUUGGUAGGAUUACUAUCGAAAAAGGACAAGAAAUGA